ACGGUUGUUUUCAUCAGCUUUUAGGAGAACUCGAUCAACUUCCGCUUGGUUCACUCUCGUUUGUUAGUAGUGCAGAGACAGCUGCGCCAUCUGGUUGUCAAUUCAUUGUUAAGUGUGUUUUUUGGUUCAAUGGAGAAAAGCGCGCGUCUCGAACAGAACGAAAAAAAACUGAGUGAGUGAUUUGAAAUCGUCCGUGUCCGAAGCCGGAUGAUCUGAUUAAGCGGCGAUCGGGGGGACUCGAGUUAGUCGCUGUUGAACCGCCGUGGGAUUAAGUUGUACUUUUCUGUCCGUCGCGUGAGGUGAUCCGGUUCAGUUCAGCAGAAGUUCUAUCGCUCGAGGGCGAGGACGUGAGGAGUGUCUCGUUAGGGGAGGGUUUUGGAGCUUAACCGCGAUUGGGAAGCGUAGAGAGUGCCGGACACUGAUAAGCAGGAAGGAUUACUUGGGCCGGUUCCAAGUCGGGUUUUGGAUGGUGAGAAAUUUCGUGAACUGGCCGAAAGUUUGGAAAGGUCGAAGCAAGGAUCAAAUUACCCAGGAUUGACCUUUUGGAGGGGUGGUAGCUUCACACAGUUUGUGGCUUUUGGCAGUAUGAUUUUUUCGAGUGAUCAGCCAUCGUUACCGGAAGUAUGGAGUGUUUUUUUCGUUGGUGUAUUGCCUUUAAACCUUGAUGAUCAACCAAAGAAUCUGUGAGAAAAGAUUCUGCGGUCAGUGUGCGCAUCUUGGGAACCUCGACGUUUUGCUGAAGUCUUACAAGUAUUUUCGGAAAGCCGUUUUUCUCAGCUCAAAGUAAUUCGAAACAGGUGGGAGAAAGUGUUGCAAUGUUUAGAAAACUGUUCUGAAGACGGGGAAGAAAAGAUAAGGUUAUUUUGGUGGUUUUACGAGAUCGAAACUUACAUUAGUGAAGUGAGUGAGUGCUUCGAGAUGCCGCGGAUUCCCGGAGGCGGAACCUUCAUCCAGGCUUCGCUGAUCCUUCUAGUUUGCUUGAUUUCUACCGGCAGCAGCUCUGGGGUAGUUGGCGAAACGGCUCAGGCCUUAACGGAGGUGGAACUGGAGGACGAUUUUCUCGUCGCCACUCGAAAGCUGGAACAGCAAUGUAUCCACCGAUGUCCGGAUCAGAACCGAACCGGCUUCAACCAGGAGCAGUUGGACGUCAGCUGCGGCAGCGAUUGCUAUCUGGCCCAGUGCGCCAUGGGAUGUCGUCUUUGGGAAGCAGCUCUUGAAUCUUCCUGCUCGAAUGUAUGCAACAAAACUUACCAAGCGCUACUGCAACCGAAGGAGUUGUACUGCGUGAUGGGUUGCAACGAGGCACUCAACCGGUACUUCCGGUGGCUAAAGCAGGAAAUCGGAACGCCCGCUGCUCCCGCCUUGGUGGCAGAUAGUCUGACAGCCACGUCCCUAUCGCUGGAGUGGGAAGUCCCCGGUCGUUUGGUGAUGCUUUCCCGUAACAAAAGUCACGCACCCCGCAGCUACCUGGUCCAGUGGCGCUUCGAGGAGGUUGCCGGAGAUUGGAAACUGUGUCGGAACCAAAGUAUGGGUGAUAAUUCUACGAUACGGGUGGAUAACCUGCAACCGUACACCAAAUAUCGAUUUCGUGUGGCCCUGAUGCUAUCGUCGCAGCACGAGGAGAUGCUCAUCUCGGAGCAGAGCGUCAUCAUCCUGACCCUGCCGAUGGGAUCGCCCAUGUCCGAACCGAAAAUUGUACGCGCCGUUGCGGUAGAUCAUUCACGAAUAUCCAUCUCAUGGGAGCCCGGGCCGUUUCCGAACGGUCCCGUCUUGUCAUACGUGCUACAGAUCAAAGAUACCGACCCCCUAGGCUACAGUGCCCUUAAGGACAUUCCUGAGUCGAACAGCUCCCGUUACUACAUCUUCGAGAAGCUAGUGGCGGAACGUAACUACGCGAUCUCGGUUAGCAUGCGCAAUACCGAGGGUGAAGGACCCGCCUCGGUGGUCACUGUUAAAACACCUGCGCAACCACUUGACAUGGAAGAAGAAGUUCAACCGACCCUGAUCCUUGGGGCUGAACGGUCAAUUGUUUCCCAAAAUGCUGAUCUGCUGAGGGAUCCAUCGAUGAACUUCUACAGCAGUCCGAGUCACAAGAUCCGUGGUACCGCCAUCCACAUUCGCAAAAACUUGAUCUUCGUCUCCGAUGAGGCCGGUUACGUUUACAAAUCGUCGCUCCAAGAAGGCGCGGAACGCGAUCGUAUCGCUAUCCUAUCCCCGGAAGCUGGUCACAACUUUCGGCCUUCGCUGCUAUCCGUAGACUGGCUCAACGACCACCUUUACAUCUUGGGCCAGGUUAAAAGUACCGGCUUGUGGCAAAUCUCACGCUGUGACUUUUACGGCGAUCGAAUGACCGUCGCCAUUGCUGGUAUUCAGAAGAAGAUAGAACAUUUCGAGGUGGAUCCGUUCAAUGGGUACCUCUUUUGGGUAAUCAACAGCCGAAACUCGAAUGCUGGACUGUUCCGACUAGAUUUGGGCGACAUUUCUAACGGAGUUAAACACGAGAUCAAACCCGUUAAACUUAGUUCCAAUCGUAACCUGGGAGCCUUUACAGUGGAUCACAGCAGCUUCCGGGUUUUGGUCCCGGAUCAGGAAGCCAACACCGUUUUAGCGAUUUCGUUGGACGGAAAAGUGACCGAAGACAUCCGUAGCAACACCCAGACGCCUCGUUUCGAGAAGGUUAAGGCGAUCGCCCUGGCCAAUGGACUUUUUUACUGGACCAGUGGGAAGGAAAUGUUCGCCGAAGACUACCACAAAGAUAGGAAAAGCUACUUCCACAAUGCCUUCCCGAUCAAGGACAACACCUACUUCAGUUUGUUUGUGAAUCUCUCUGCGGCUCAGCCGAUUCCGAUUCCGGUGAAUCCUCCUAGAAACGUGCAAGCGCUUUUGACGAACAAGAAGAUUAAGAUUUUCUGGAACGUUCCGUACUUGCUGGGAAUAAAGGGCAAGGGUGCUUGGCAGGAGUGGAAGUACGAGUUGGAACUGGUGGAAGUAACAAGCGGGAAGGAAGAGACGUUUCGAAACAUUAAUAGUUCAUCAUUUACUUCUUUCGAUGUGGAGUUGUUGAAACCGGGGCAGGAGUAUGUGAUCAAGGCUGCGGCCUAUACACCGGCUGGGCGUGGUCCCUGGAGUACGGAGUUUCGUGCGAGGACCUUGAAGGAUGGACAUGAUAGACACUUGAUUUGGUCGAGUAGCGAGGGUAUUAUGAGGAGUGAUGUCAUUGGUGAUAAUGUGGAGACGUUGAUCGGGCGAGAAGAAUUGAAGGACGGAGUCAUAACGGAUAUAACGUGGUUCGAAAGUAUUUUGUAUGUGGUUGGUAACUCAACCCUGAUUUUGUACAGCCACGUUGAUGGGAAGGUGGCGUAUUUGAAGGAACUGGAGUCGGUUGAAUGUGUUACGGUUGAUUGGAUCGGAAGGAGACUGUACUUCUACAACCCUUCACAGCAGAUGAUCAUGAGAAGUAAUCUCCAUGGAGAGCAACACGAGCCAAUUCACAAUGUUAAGAACGUCCGGGAGAUCAAGUUUGAUGCGUUGCGGGGAUACAUCUAUUACACAUCGGAGUUCGUGAUGGAAGCCUUCCGAUUGAAUGGAAAAGAUAAGCAAAAUUACUACUUGGAGGUUGAUCGAUUCGCAGGAAAGGCAGUCAUCGGACUGACUUUGCACAUGGACAGUGAGCGAGUUUACUGGAUUGUACGAAGUGUCAGCAAUUCGGAACUGUACAGUGCUCCUUUGGCCGGCAUCGAAUCCCAAAGCUCGCUGACAAGGUUCCUACUUGCAGAUCAAUUCCCUCGAGGACCUCUUACACAUUUUAGUGAUCGCUUGGUAUGGUUACAACAAGACGAAGUCAUAGUCGGAGACAUGGAUGGCAAAAACUUGGCUCACAUAAGGAAUUCGAACCUCAACGGAACUCAAGCCUUAGCAAUCAUUGAUCCGGCCCACCACAUUUACCCUGAAAACAAUACUGAUGUCAAUGUACUUCCCCUAGCUGUCAACGAAUCUUCCAUUCGAAUUCAAGGAACUUGGAAGAAGUUUAGCAUCGUUUGGGAUCCCGUUACCAAUGUAGACUUCGGUAAAGUAUUCUACAAACUCACCAUCAAAAUCCAGGGUAGAAAAGAUGAAAUCCAUGAACUCUCCAAACCCAGCUACCAGUACAACUCAGCUGGAUCAAAUCAACUCGCUCCUCAUACGGAGAUUAACAUAACUGUUAGUGCGUUCACCUACUGGCGCUCGUCGAUGUUCACCAACGCCCGACUUUUCAGUCCAUCGGGUAAACCCUCGCAGCCCAUGCGACCUCGAGUCUUCGUAAAACACCUGAAAGACCCGAUCCGUGACACUCACACCAUUGAGGCUACAUUCCGCUGGUCCCCACCCAAAACUCCAAACGGCCCAAUCAUAGGCUACAAAGUGCAUUGUUGGUACGAAGAAGAUGGAUUGACCAACCACGUAGUGGAAGGCGAAUUCACUGAACUUACCGAACGAGUCGUAUCAAAUCUGGUUCACAACGUAUCUUACUUCUUCCGGGUUCAGGCUAUGACCAAGGCCCGCGAAGGGGAUCAGACUCCAGCGCAAGUAAUCAACACAUCCGAGGAACAUCCGAUACCUCAGGUGCUGGUCGCUACGGCAGAGCACAUUCUACAGCUGGACUUUGACAGCAACGAAACGUUUCUGGUGGUGGGAACUUCUGCCCCCGUUAACUUCAUGGUUAAGUUGACCCGUGAGGGGAAACUGUUCUGGGUGGAUGAAAACAAUGAGCUGUUCCUGUUUAACGGAGCACAUAAGGUGAAGGUGUUCAGUAUCAACAACCCGGUACUCGCCUUGACCGUCGAUUGGAUCCAGCGGAUACUGUAUUGGUCCCAGCAGGAAAAGGUAGGAAGCGCUAUCUACGCUUUUGAUCUCAAUAAAUAUGAAAAAGAGGGAGUACGUGCCGAUGAUCUACAAAUGAUCAUAUAUAGUAAGAGUAACAUAACUAAUCUGGUGGUGUCACCGAUCGAGAGGAAGCUGUUCUGGACCGAAAAGGUUCCGGAAGAUGUGAUCUACGUGCAUUCACUUGAUGAUAACAAGACUGAAGAAUUCUUCGACGAUAGCUUCGAGGAGUGUCCUAACAAAACAGCUGGGAUAACCGUGUAUCCGAUUUUGGCGAUGCAGGCAUCGAUCAAUGAAGAGGAACGACUGUUCUGGGUGGAAUCCGGUUUUCGAAGCAUUGCGCUGGACAACAAAACCUGCAUGAACUUUGGCUUCGAUUACUAUCCUAAAAUGAGAAGCAUUGCAAAGGACAGUGAUCAUUUAUAUUGGUUGGAUGAAGAGGAAGCCGUCGUGCGAUACGACCAGACUGGCGAAAACAAACAAAGAGUUAUCCCAGGGGCAAGAGCCCUUCUACCUUUGCCACUGCAAUACUACCCUAAGAGACGUUGCCUGGUACCGUUGCAGAAGAAUUACGAUUACCACGCAAAACUGUUGCAGCGAACGGAGAAAUCGCUAUCUCUUCUUCUGCCACGUCCUCAAGUAUACCCAGACUGUAGAACUAAGCCCAGUGGUGUACAGUAUUUGAUCUACUUUAAGGAGUUGAGCGAGACGACCUCAAACGAAACAACCGAGUGCAGCGAACAGACCUGCUCGGUUGUAACUUCAUUCGACAUCACAAAAACCAUCAAGGACCUGAAACCGUACACCAAGUACCAGUUUCAGAUAUCGUUAGAAAAUUACUAUCAAAUCCAGGAGCUAGAUAAUCCUCAUCUGGGUUCCACGACGGUAUUCAUCACAGCUGCUGGAGCACCUUCUAAGCCUGAAAAUAUUAGUGCAAUACCGGUGAGUCCUACGGAGGCCGUUGUUCAUUGGUCAAGGCCCAAGAUCAAGAAUAGUGAUCGUAUUUGGUACGAAAUCCACUGGCAGACGGAGAACAUCCACAAUGGGCUAAAGAAUCGACAGCAACAGCUGCUAACAGAUUUCGACGAGAAUCUCACCAGUCUUUCUAUGGAGUUGACGCGGUUGCUUCCGAAUCAAGCUUACACAAUAUUGGUUAAAGCCUACUCUACCAAUACGACGUUCAGCGAAAGCGAUCAGGUGACCAUCGUCACUUUCCCGGAACCUGACAACAUCCAUCUGGUGUCGGUUUCUUCGACGGAGCUGAGCGUUAGCUGGACCCCACAUAAGGAUGUUUCUACGUACAUGAUCCAAUACUCUGCCGUUGGAAGCAAAACUUGGGAGACGGUGUUCGAGAACGGUGUCAAUUCCACGCAAUCCAAUGAGAAUGACAUUUUCUCGGUGUCGAAUUUGCAACCGAAAACUGAAUACCGAUUCAUCGUGCUGCUAUUCUACCCGAAUCGAAAAGAUCCCUACGUUUGGCCAUCGGAGACCAAAUUCGUGUUCGAAACACAGCCCGAUUGUCCAAGUGCGCCUGGUCGCCCUAUUGUGACGCUCAUUCGGCAAGAUGUCUACAAGGUAUCGUGGGAACCGUCAAAGGAUAACGGUGCACCCAUCUUGGAGUACGUUUUGGAGGCCCUUGUUCGAUCACCCACUAGUACAAAUCGUGUGGAAAGAUCAGUCGAUAUACCACCGAACGACGAAGAACUAGAGUUGGACAUUCUAGACGACAUGAACAAUACUGUACCGAUGCAUACGGAUGAUUCGACCAAUAACAACGUGAUAACCUACGCCGAUCAAUGGCAUCCAGUAUACAACGGCACCGAUGUGUACUGGAUCAUCCCCGAGAAACAGCCAAUCCACAAGCAUGCCUUUCGCGUCAAAGCUCGCAACGCGUACGGCUGGAGUCUGUUCAGCGAUCAGAGUGAACCUUUUGCCCAACCUCUGCUGUCCAGUCAAACCACCAGCUACCUUGUAAUUGCGGUCGUAUCGGGAGCCAUCAUCCUCGGAAUCUUCCUCAUACUGAUCCUCGUUUGUGCCUGUCGUCGGUCAGAGAUCGAAAAGAAAAGAAAUUUUAUUGAUGCAACCAAUACUACUCGCAUUCCAGAUGUGGAGCUGGCGAACCUUCGCGAGCUCCCGAGACGGGGCAAUUUCAUUCACAGCAACAACAUCCUGUACAGUGCCGGUCCGCUGACGGACUCGGAGAUCGCACUGCUACCCCAAAUCCGCCGGGAGCAGAUCUCGAUGACCAGUUCACCUUUCCUGGGUAGUGGAGCGUUUGGUGAAGUCUACGAAGGAAUCGUGAAGGGUGUUGGCGGUGAAACCGAAACCAGAGUUGCUAUCAAGACCCUCCGCAAGGGCGCAACCGAACAGGAGAAGGCCGAGUUCCUGCAGGAAGCGCAUCUGAUGAGUAAUUUCAAGCACAAACACAUCCUGAAGUUGAUUGGGGUGUGUCUGGAUCUGGAUUCGUUGUACAUCAUCAUGGAGCUGAUGCAGGGUGGCGAUCUGCUGAGCUACCUUCGAACGAAUCGUCCAACCCCGGGCAAAGCGUCCUCACUCACCCUACUGGAUUUGAUCACGAUGUGUGUGGAUGUGGCAACCGGUUGUCGAUACCUCGAGGAAAUGCACUUUGUUCAUCGGGACCUAGCCUGUCGGAACUGUUUGGUGUCCUCGAUGAACCCUAAAGAAAGGGUCGUCAAAAUAGGAGAUUUCGGAUUAGCGAGGGAUAUAUACAAGAACGAUUACUACCGCAAAGAAGGUGAAGGGCUGUUGCCGGUGCGGUGGAUGUCACCGGAAAGUUUGGUGGAUGGAGUUUUUACCUCGCAGUCAGACAUUUGGGCGUUCGGGGUGCUGCUGUGGGAGAUCAUGACCCUGGGUCAGCAGCCGUACCCGGCGAGGAACAACGUUGAGGUGCUGCACUACGUGCGGGACGGUGGUCGGCUGGGCCGGCCACAGGAUUGUCCGGAGGAGCUCUAUCAGCUCAUGCUUAAAUGUUGGAGCUACUCGCCGGAGGAGCGGCCUACCUUCCGCUACUGUCUAGAAGAGCUUAAAUCGCUCAAGGAGCGCACAAGCGAUUCGAUACAAAUCACCUCCCAAUUCCCCAGCAAGGUGCAGAAUGGUGCGAUCUUUAACCGAUCCUAUCUGCUUUCCGACAUCAAUCACAAUCCGUUCAUGGCAGAUAUCAAAUUCAGCAGCAGCGGUGGAAGUGGCGGAUUCAUCAUAACCCCACCGACGUCGUCCAGCAGCAGUAGUGGGGCUACGAUGACGACGACCACCAUUCCGAAGUAUCUGGAGCUGGUGUACGACGACAAUCACAGCUCCAACAGUAGGUGUUCAACGAGCGAAGAAGUGCCGUUGACGGUGGGUUUGGUGAGCAGUGCUGCGCAGAGUUCUCCGACGAGUGGCCUCGUCAGCAGCAGCAGCAGUAAUCAUCCACCGAUGAACGCCACCGAUAACGGGUACGAGAUCCCUAUCAAUGAGAUGAUGCUGAGGCAGUCUCAUCUACCAAGUGGUAGUGGUGGAACACUUAACAACAGCACCAAUAAAGGAAGAACGUUUUCCAGUUCUUCGACGGUUAGCAACGCCAGUACGUUACCGGUUUCGGCACUGGCCAAUGGACCUCCGAGCUUAUCGGGAUCGCACAAUCAGCAGAGGAUAGAGGACUGCUCUAGCUUGGAGGCGUUGCUACCGAUGAACUCGAUCCUAACGGUGAAGCUGCCGGACGAAGACGAUGCAGCAAUCGCUCAAAGCGUCGAAGACAGCAUAAGUAGCAUAAGUAGUCAAGCAGAUGACAGCUGUUCAACGCAUCAACGGCAGUUCGGUGAAAGUGAUAGUAUUAAUGGAGACGGGCAGCUACCGUUAUCGGGCGAGCAGUGCCCAGUGUGAACAUGUGACGUAACAUUUAAUCUUAAGCUAGAACGCAACCAAUGGUCGACAGAAGCAUUAUCACAUUCCAGAAACAGAAGAGCUAAGCAAAUUCGCGAGAAAGUGUCGAAUACUUUAGUCAAUGCACAAAAAACCACCUAGCAGGAAACGAUCGACUUUUUACCGCCUAAGUUUACGUGAGUAGUUAGAAUGCAUUUUUCAAUUACGCUAGCCAACAAUCGUUUAGGUACUAGGUAGAGAGAAAAAAAACCAAAGGAUGACAGUUGUAAAUAGAGCUUUAAGAAGUCAACAAACAAGCCCCAGUCGAAACGGUACUACUUUUGAGCUAUUUUUUUUUAAUGUGUAGUGAGUCGGAAUAUAACCAAUUUACCCAAACUGGUUCAAACACCAAAUGUCAGUGUUCUCGUCGCCAAAAAGUGCUUCCAAGGGUACGUGCGGGUGCGACAAAUUCUGUCCUCCCAUCGGAACCUUGGAAGGUUGUACAAUAAUCCUUCUAAGCUACGUAGCAUGUUGUUCUGCUUUAGAUAUGUAUGUAUGUUUCCUACUACCCUUCAGGAUUAAAUUAAAGAAUUUCUGAACGCAAUGGGAAUAUCGAUUGUAAAUAUAACUUAAACUGAAUGGUUAGAAGCAGGAAAAACACAAAUUGUAAAUUGAAUCUGAUGAGGGACAACUAUUGCAAAAUAAACAAGUUAGACAUGUACACCAAAUACAGAAACGAACAAACAAACACACCCUUAUAUUAAAGGUGUUUCUAAUAGUUUAGAGAUAGGGAAAAACUGUGCUUUAAAAUGAGCUUAAAAUAAAAUUCAGAGCCUUGAAUUCGUGAAAACAAAACAAAUUCAUGAGAAAUCAAAUAGUUUUGUUAGUUCACCUCACCAUUCUUAUUUAGUCAGGAACAAAACGAGUAAGUAAACGAUGAAAAGACAAAUUUAAUGCAAACGAAACCAAAAGUUCUAAAUGUAGGGAUUGAUAUUAGCAAAUAAAACGAAUAACUAGGACGUUUUAAAGGAAAA